AUGGCGCCAACAUGUUCUGACCCUCGUCAGAUCGUUAUCACUCUCAAUCCCGCGCGGCGUCAAGCCCUCUUGCAGCUCGUGGAUGAGAUCACUUCUUACAUGAUUGAUCAGCUCCAGGCAUUUGACGAUGACUUGGGUCCUGUUCUAUCAACUCCUCGAGAUGAGAGUGGGGCUUCGACACCCAGGGACGAAGGGAGAUCUUCAACACCUAAGAACGAAGACUUCUACAAGAAGGCUCAAGAGCAGCAGCAGCCAAACAAGCCGUCAGCGCAGGCAUUGCGUAUCCAAAAGGCUGCGAUCAAGCACAUGAAAGGAUGGAAGAAGGAAUUCAUGCCAAAACUUGAAGAGAUUGUUCGUGUUAAGGAUGAUCAUAAAAUCCAAGAUGAGAGACGCAAGCACCAAGAAGCUGCCGAGAAGAAGAAGCUUAGUACCCCAGAAGAGGGUGAAGAUCUUAUGAGUUUUGGCGAGGUCAAGGUCGACAAAUCUGCAGAUCUUGCUUCUCUCCAAUCUCUGUACCACCCAGUUCCAACCAGACUGACAACCAUCCCUGCGGCUGAUAGACGUGAGGCUGUCUCAUGUAUCCUGCUGCUCCUUCUAUCUACGGGCAAGUACUCUGCCCAUACUCGAGCUCUGGCGCUGUACCUCGCUUCAUCCUUGGAGCUGUCCCAGACUUUCAUCAUCAAGGAGGAGAUAGAAAUUGCGAAGACUCUCUUGGAAUCCUCCAAGGACAAAGACAAGCAGCAGGAGGUUAUGUCUGCUGAAGCUGAAGCAGCCAAGCGUCGAGAGGAAAACAAAGUUAGUCGGUUCUGGAAAGUUGGUCUUGCGUCCGUCGCGGGAGCAGCCGUUAUUGGCGUCACUGGUGGUUUGGCAGCUCCUCUAGUUGCAGGUGCUGUUGGAAGUGUUCUUGGUGGUGUCGGUUUGGGAGGUGUUGCGAGUUUCCUUGGUAUCUUUUGGAUGAACGGUGCCCUUGUAGGUGCUCUAUUCGGUGCCUACGGUGGUAAAAUGACGGGCGAAAUGGUGGACAAGUACGCAAAAGAAGUUGAAGACUUUAGCUUCAUCCCUCUCAAGGGAGAAUGGGGCGAAAUAUUCAACGCCGAACAGGACCAAGCACAAGCACAAGAGCGGCGUUUACGAGUUACAAUUGGUAUCAACGGCUGGCUACGCGAUGAGGAUGAUGUUACUAAACCCUGGCGUAUUCUCAGUGACGACUCUGAGGUCUUUGCCCUUCGUUACGAAAUGAAGUCUCUCAUCGCUCUUGGACACGCACUACGAAACAUGGUUGAAUCUUUCGCCUGGAAAAAGCUCAAAAUGGAGGUGCUCAAGCGUACCGUCUUCGCUACACUUCUUGCUGCACUUUGGCCUAUCCAGUUACUCGCCGCUGCCUCUAACGUCGACAACCCCUUUGGUCACGCUCACAACCGAUCUCGAAAGGCAGGACAACUACUCGCUGAUGCUCUUAUCAACAAGGUCCAAGGAGAACGCCCUGUAACACUGGUCGGUUAUUCUCUGGGCGCUACCGCCAUUCAUGCUUGCUUACAGUCCCUCGCCGAGCGACAUGCCUUUGGUCUUAUUGAUUCUGUUGUCAUCAUCGGUGCUCCCGCUCCUUCGGCUCCUCCUCACUGGCGAACUCUCCGCACCGUUGUCUCUGGAAAGAUUUUCAACGUUUUCUCAGAGAAUGACUUGAUUCUUGGUUUUGUCUACCGUGCUCAUAGUCUCUCCAUGGGCGUCUCUGGCCUGCAAGGAAUUCAGGAAGUUGACGGCAUCCAGAACCUGGACUUGAGUGACACUGUCAGUGGACAUCUUCGAUACCCCGACCUUAUUGGCGAGAUUCUCAACAAGUGUGGAUUUGUUGGUAUCAAGGCUACAUCCGAGAUCGAGAAGGAUGAGCUCAUUCUUAUGAAGGACCGCCAUGCUGAGGGUGAAUUGAUCGACUUUGAAGGUACCUCGAUGGAGGGACAGGACAAGCCCCAGUCACCCAGCCAAGAGCAGAUUGAGAAGGAUCUCCAUGGACUUAAUAUUUCCCCUCCGGCUCUUGUAUCACCUUCUCAAACUCCGGGUCAAGAGAAGCAGGAGAAGGCUCCUGUAUCUGAAAACCCACCUCUUCCCCGACGACCUGUCGGUCAGGACAAGGAGGAAGCGCCACAACUUCCUCGAAGGCCUGUCGCUAGCGAGGCCCAGUCAGGAGCAGGCAGCGAUGAGGUUACACCACCGUUGCCUCGACGUCCUACCGAACCCCAGCAAGGAGAGAAGCCUGCCAUUCCUCGCCGACCCGUUGGAGCUGGCCAGGAGUCGAACCCUUCUUCAACAAGACGUCCCAUUGAGUCUUCUCAUGACACCCACCAGCAACGACCCUUUACACCUGAGUCAAAUGUUACGGACGACGAGGAGUAUACUCAUAUUGCCAUGGUGAGCUAUGAUAGUGACCACAGUACUAAAUAA